AUGACCGUGCUCUGCAGGGUCCCUACCCCUUCCUCCCCUAUCCCUACCGGGCGCUCCCGGGGACUCAGUUCCUCCAUCGAGAUCGCCGGGGAAGCCCCGGAAAACGGCAGGAACCCAGCUCCGGUCGGCGAUUUCCCCGCACUUUUAGAGCGUGGGUUUGGGUCCGCUGACUGCGGCUCGGGGGGGUUGCUGACUGCGGUGCGCGCUCCAGCCUUCAAGCCGGAGUGUCUUCGGGGGUCUCUGGGGGAAGUGUGUCAGCUUCUGCCAGCUCCAGGGGCGAUACGUGAGCAGCUCAGACUCGGGCUCGCUCUGGCUGAGGCUUGGCGCAGCCUGCCCAGGUCAACGUUAACUUUGCGAAGCGAGCCUUCCCCGCAGCCUGCGCCUCCUCCCGGAGUGCGCCGAGCCUUUCCAGCUCCGCGCGCACGGCCUCCCUCCCGCAUCUUUGCCCCGAACCCUAGCGAAGACAUAAUACGGCACCUUCAGCAGUGUGAGGGUGUCAGGCUGCCUGGCUUCAAAGCUUGGCCCUGCUGCUUUCUGGCUGUGCAAGCCACCGUAUCUGUCUCUCGAUGUCCUCAUCGCAAUGCUUCCUUGUCUUCAAGGCUCUGGAAACUUGGUCCCUUUGCUGGGCCCAGGGGUAACACCCCAAAAUACGGACUCAUUUUCCUCUCUACCUUCAUUGGCCGAGCAGCUGCCAAGAACAAAGGUCGCAUCUCCCGAUACCUGGCAAACAAAUGCAGUAUUGCCUCACGAAUCAAUUGCUUCUCUGAGGUGCCCACCAGUGUUUUGGGGGAGAAGCUUCGAGAACAAGUUGAGGAGCGGCUGUCCUUCUAUGAGACUGGAGAGAUUCCCCGAAAAAAUCUGGAUGUCAUGAAGGAUGCAAUGGUUCAGGCAGAGGAAGCGGCUGCUGAGAUUACUAGGAAGCUCGAGAAACAGGAGAAGAAGGAAAAGAAAAGGCUAGCUGCGAUUGCCCUGGCUUCUUCAGAAAAUAGCAGUGCCCUGGAGGAGUGUGAGGAGACAAGUGAAAGGCCCCAAAAGAAGAAAAAGCAAAAGCCCCAGGAGGUUCUUCAGGAGAAUGGAAUGGAAGACCCUUCUGUCUCUUUUUCCAAACCCAAGAAAAAGAAAUCUUUUUCCAAGGAAGAGCUAGUUAGUAGUGAUCUUGAAGAGACAGCUGGUACUGGAAGUCUUCCCAAGAGGAAGAAAUCUUUUCCCAAAGAGGAACCAGUUACUGACCCUGAUGAGUCAGAAAACAAGAGGGUCCCCAAGAAAAAGCCGAAAUUGUCUUCCAAGGAGGAGCCACUCAGCAGUGGACCUGAAGAGGCUGCUGCCAGCAAGAGCAGCGGCUCCAAGAAAAAGAAAAAGCUCCAAAAGCUAUCCCAGGAAAGUUAGAAUGGACCCUAGUGGGGCAUAACUUAACACAGGUAUUCCCCAUCCCAUUCCCUAGAGCCCAAUUAAAAAAAAUAAAAAAAAUAAAUAAAGCAAUGCUUCCAAAAAAAAAAAAAAAA